AUGUCCGGCCGGAUGGCAUCUGCGAUCCGCCGCUACGGCCCUCUCCUUUCGGGUAUGGGGAGCGAAAGCAACGGCCGGGGGAAAUGGAAUCGCAAUUAUCGAUUCACUUCGCACCGAUCCGACCCGGAAUGGGACGAGACAGGCAAGUUCAUCCAACCUGCCAGUGUGCAGGCAGAAUCUGCACCAUCCCUGUCGAUUGUGAAGCACCGAAAAGCUAUUGGCAAUCGUAUUCGAGAUUGCCUAGCGCAGUUGCCUGCCCUGUCAUUCGACACACACGAGGCCCAGAUCUGGUUCGAUGAGGAGGAGCGAUCCACCUACCGUCUGGGCGCAGACGUCGGUGGCACAUUCACCGACGUCUACGCCCUCUCCCCCAGCGGAUUCAUUGCACGCGCAAAGGUCCCCACCACAAUUGAAGACCAAAGCAUUGGAAUCGAAAACGGCAUCAACCGAGUCCAAGAAACCCUCAAAUCCCAGCCCGCGACGAACACCGACUUCAGCGGCAAACUCCAGUUCAUCCACCACGGCACCACCGUCGCGACGAAUGCUGUCCUCGAGGGUAAAGGCGCGCGAACAGGGCUGAUCGUUACAGCGGGGCACAAGGAUAUCCUUGCCGUCCGCCGGUCGCAGAUCCCCGGUGGGCUCGGGGCGUGGUUGCAUUAUACGCCUCCGGACCCAAUUGUGCCUCUUGAAAGAGUUAUUCAGUGUGUCGAGCGCAUGUCUGUGGAUGGGAAGAUAGUGGUCCCUGUUGAUGUGGAUGCGCUGCGCGCGGAGGUGGUUCUGGGUGAUAAGGUUACGAUCAUCCGCUCCAGCGACGUCCUCCGCGAAGUCGGCGAGUACGAGCGGACCGUGACGACCUGCACGAACGCGCUUGUCAAGCCUGUGGUUCAGACAUAUCUUAGUAACCUCCAGACCCUCCUCGCGGACGACGGAGACGUCAUUCGCAUUCUAAAAUCCGACGGUAGACUUACGAGUCUCGAGCUUGCGGGAUUAUUACCCGUCAACAUCCUCAUGUCCGGUCCGGCAGGAGGUGUACAGGGCGUCGCAGACGUCGUGACAAGGAACACACCGUAUCAGAACCUGAUCACAUUCGACAUGGGCGGGACAUCAACAGACGUCGCGCUAAUCUACCAGGGAAAACCGCAGCUCCGCCGGGAAACUCCGUGGACAUCCGAAACCGUCGGAGCGGGCGGCGGCUCCAUUGCAAAAUACAUGGCCAUCUCCAAAACACUGCGUGUCGGCCCAGAGAGCGCAGGUGCGACGCCGGGACCAGCGGCGUACAACAAGGGCGGGGCCGAAGCGACCGUAACAGAUGCGAAUCUUGUGCUCGGAUACCUACCGGAUACAUUGCUCGGUGGCGAAUUCACGCUCAGUGCACAAGCAGCGUGGGAUGCUGUCGAGGCGAUCGCGAAGCAGAUGAGUCUCCCUGUAACGCAGACGGCCGAGGACGGGUAUGAUCCGAAGGAUUUUGCGCUCGUUGCGUUUGGAGGUGCCGGUCCGCUACAUGCGAAUGCUGUUGGCAAGCUCCUUGGAGCGUGGCCGGUCAUUAUCCCUCCUUCUCCGGGGACGCUCUGUGCGUUGGGCGAUGCGACUACACGGUUGAGUCACUCGCAGUCUUCUUCAUUUAUCAGCCAGCUGUCCGUAACGGCCUCGCAGGAGGUAAAGCGGCGCUUCGAGGAGCUUGAGGAGAGCUGCAGGGAAACUAUGCACUCGUCAAAUGCGAGCCAGGAGAUCCAACUCGACAUCACCUACCACAUCGACCUGCGCUACCGCGGGCAGGCGCUGAAUCUGACCGUUGAUCUGGAGAGAGAGGAACUGUCGCUGGGCAAUGAUGAGUGGAGAAAGGCUAUUCAGAAUAAGUUCGACCAGCUACACGACCAGCAGUUCAAGUACUAUCUUCCGAACUUUGAGCUCGAGCUUAUGCGUCUCGAGGUUGUUGCUGUUGAUGCGCGGCCGCCCAUUGACUUUCCCCAGCUCAGUAGAGCUGCAUCAGAUAAACCACCAGCUGCUGCCCUGGUCUCGAAGAAGAAGAUCGUCGUACAAGGCCAGGAGAUCGAGGCUGCGCUCUGGGACCGCGAAAAGGUGAGCCAACAGGGCGUCCGCCUCGACGGGCCCUGCAUCAUCACCGAAACAGACAGCAACACGCUGAUCCUCCCGGGCUACUACGGCGAGAUCGACUCGAUCGGAAACAUCCUCAUCCGCCCCGUCGACGAAACGACGCGAGAUGACAACAAGUACCAGACCGCCGAAGCGGCGCUGCAAACUGUACAGUCCACCCCAUUAAUCCCAACCCUCGUCGCCUCCGCUCUGGCUUCGAUCCCCGGUGAAAUGGACACACUCAUGCUUCGCUGCAGCAUGUCUUCCGCAAUUCGCGAGCAGCAGGAUGAAUUCAACGGGGCAAUCGAAGAAGGGGAUAUGUUCAUCACGAACGACACAUACAUGAUCGAAGGCGCCGUGACGCAUCUUAACGACGUCAUUGUUCUUCUUCCCAUCUUCCACGAGGGCAGACACCUCGGGUGGGCGUCGCAGUUCGGACACUUGACUGACGUCGGUGGAAUCGUCCCGGGGAGUAUGUCGAUCAACGCGACAUCAAUCUUUGAUGACGGCGUGCAAAUCCCUUGCAUCAAGCUGUACUCCAAGGGAAUUAUGAACACGGACAUUGUCGACCUACUCUGCCGCAACUCCCGGCAGCCAGACUGGUACCGGUCCGACCUGAUGGCCAUCAUCACGGCAUGCCGGACGGCCGCAAGUCGCGUCUGCGAACUGGUCACGCGCUUCGGAACGGAGAUCUAUCUCGCAGCCUGCAAUGAGCUCCUCCUGCGUAACCGCACAGCCUUGGCGAAAAUAAUCGAAGCGGACUUCGACCCGCAACCAACAACAUUCACCGACUUCGCCGAUGACGACGGCCACGGCAUCGGUCCCUACGCUCUCACAUGCACAACGACCAAACUCGACGGCGGUCGCCUCCUCUUCGACUGGUCCGGUACAUCCCCGCAGAGCUCCCACAGCAUAAACUUCUACCUGUCCGAGACCAUGUUCAAGAUGUUCAUCGGGUACUACAUGAUCGCGGCAGCGGCCCCAGGGACGGUCAUAAACGACGGCUUCCACGACCUGAUCGACGUGUAUAUCCCCGAGGGAAGUGUCUUGAAGCCCGUCCGGCCCGCACCGAUCUCGUGCCGCACACAUAUGCUCGGCCGCACCAUGGACGUCAUGCAAGCGCUCAUCGCCAAGAAGAACCCCGCGUAUGCCGCUGCCGCGGGAUUCAGCGACUCGCCCCACUUCUUCUACUCCGGGUAUAAGCCGGAUGGAGAGUGGUAUCAAUUGUACCAGAUUGGAUUCGGCGGCGUCCCCGCGCGUCAGGCCGGGGAUGGACUAGACUGCCACUGUCUCUUCCCCGCGAUCAAAUCCAUCCCCACAGAGAUUAUCGAGCUGAACUACCCGCUCCGCAUUGAAGCGAACGAGACUGUCCCCGAUAGCGGUGGCCCGGGGUUCUCCCGCGGUGGGAAUGCGCAGCGCACGCACUACCGGUUCCUCUCGCGCGGGGAGAUCAGUCUCCAUGAUGACCGGUGGUUCACGAAGCCGUGGGGGAUUCGCGGCGGGAAACCGGGCUCGAGGAGCAGGAAGGUGCUGUAUCGGUUUUCGAAGUCCGAGACGGCUCCGCCCGUUGAGGUUCUGCCCUCGAAAUGCGAUCAUGUGAGAGUUGAUCCGGGGGAUCUGCUUGAGUGGAUUACUUGGGGUGGUGGUGGAUUGGGAGACCCGCUUACGCGGCCGGCGCAAAAGGUUGCGUUGGAGGUACGGAGGAAACUUGUGACGGUUAAGGGUGCGCGGGAGAAUAAUGGUGUCGUCGUUGAUGUUGCAACUCUUGCCCUUGAUGAAAGCGAGACAGAGACUCUCCGGAAGAAACUCGCCGAAGCCCGCGAGGCAGCCGGAGGCGUGAAAGAAGGAUACGACCGUGGGGGUAGCAUCGAAGAACUGCGUGAGUCGUGUCUGAAAGGAACAGGCCUUGCGCCGCCGAGUCCGCAGUGGGAUGUUGAUCUGUACGGACCGCACGUGCGGAUUCCAUAUGUGCAGGAGUGGUAUAAGAAGAUGAAGGUGGCUGGUGGGUGGAGUGGACUCUGA